CGGAAGCAACCGAGCCUCAGACUAUUUGGAUUCACCAAACAAACAAAGACGACGUCGAGUGUAGAAGGUGGUGCUCCUGCGAGCUUCCCCGAGCCGCUAGAGGCCGCUGCUGCUCACGGUGACUGCUCCGAGGAGGCUUCACCUGCAGCCAGGAACCAUGGCGACGCAUCUACACCUUUCAACUGGACAAGGAAGCAAAUAGACUAACAGGAAGUCAGCCUGUGAGGGAAGCUGCAACACCCAACUACUCACCUUGAAGACUGACCUUUUCGCUCUUAAGGGUUGUUCUGUUGUCAGUGCGAGGUUGUGCCAGUGAUGGACUACGGCCGGAUGGAUACUAACCUGAGCUGGUGUUCACAAAACAGCAUUCCUCCUUACUGAGACCAGCUCCACAGAAUGCUGAGUCCUAUUGUCCCCUAUAGUCUGUUAAAGAUGCACUGGAACCCAGAGCACGCCCAGACUCUCAGCCAGUGGCCUGAGCAGCACCUGGACGUCUCCUCCACCACCUCCUCUCCGGCCCACAAGUCAGAGUUGUACUCUGGUCGCAGCCGCGGCUCCUCCAACUACGCCUGGGCCAAUGACGACAUCUCUGCUUUGACAGCCUCCAACCUGUUGAAGCGCUAUGCUGAGAAGUACGCUGGCGUGCUGGACUCACCAUAUGACAAGCCACCUAAUGUUGGCACCUACCCAGAGCCAGGAGCCUUUGGCAGCCUCAAUGGCCACAAGACUGAGCUGGAGCCCUGGCCACUGACACACAGCAGUGAUGCCUCUUAUUCCCUGGUGCCCCCAGGAGGCCACGACAAGGUUGCAGCCACAUCUGCAGGCCUUCCGGGAGUGGGCAGUGUGUCUGUAGUGAACAGUAACCUUUCAGACUCUGGCUAUAGUGGCAGCAGCUCCUGCAGUGGCUCCAGUGAGUACCCCUCCAGUUACAAUGGCACCUAUCUUUCCUCAGGGUACUGUCCCCAACCCAAUGCAGCACUUCCCCCUGCCUCCCUGCACACUCUCCAAUCCACCCCCACUCUGGUGCCCAGCUAUAGCCCUACCACACCGGUCUAUAACUAUCCCCCAAGCACAUACUCUCCCCAGACUAGUCUUGGCCCCAGCUACAGCCACCCCUCUGCAACCUACCUGGCCUCAGGUCUACCAGCCCCUACCCCAGUACCCUCGAGGCCCACAGUGGUAGGUGGCAGCUAUAGUUACCAGAGCACUACCCUGGGGACAUCUGAGUCUGGAGGGACAUUAAAAAGAAAAGCAUUUGAGAUGAAUAUAGAAAAGGAUGAGGCUGGGGAUGGCUCUCGCUACAGGAAAUAUAGCUAUGACCCAUUGAAGGCUGGGGGAAACUCACCCUACAGUGUGAAUGACAAAACAGAGUGCCGGGGAAAUGGCUUCAGCAGUUCAGGAAGCGGAGACCCUCAAACCUUUAAGCCCAGUAAGCCCUCUUCCCAGCCCCUUGUGUCCCCUCAGUAUGGGCAGCAGGGGGAGUACAGCCCUCCAGCAGGUAUGACGGGGGAGAAUGGUGUGGCAGAACAGGGCUUCACCCAACAGCAGCAGCACCACUCUCAGGCCCACAAAAGAGCCCCACUAUGUGGUCCAACUGUUGAGACUAUGAAGAGCCCAGAUCCCAGACUGCUGGACCUUGUCAAUGGGGAGUUAUUAGACUGCAGCCCGGCGCUUGGCUGGGGCGAGCUAGCGGGCCUCACCCAUGUCAAGACUGCACUUGAGGAGGAUCUGCUGUGGCCUGUGUUAAGGCCCAGUCCAGUGGUGCGACCAGCAAGAACCGUCCUGCUGUUUGGCCCACGGGGAGGGGGUAAGACGACGUUGACUCGUUCUUUGGCUUCACAGCUGGGUGCUUCCUUCUACCGGUUGAGUGGAGCCAUGCUGGCCUCUAAAGGGAAGGCUGAGGUGGAGCACAUUCUGGGGUCUCUGUUGCAGGUGGCAGGGGCACGGCAGCCCUCGGUAGUGCUGCUCAGUCAGGUUGAGGCCAUGGAAGAGGACGGGCUGAGGCAGACACUGCUGGCCACCCUGGAGAAAGCCCAGGUAGGGACUACUGGUCUGGUUAUUCUUGUAUGCGCCACUGGCAGGCCAGAUCUGCUGCAAGAUGCAGUUCAUCAGAGCUUCGCCAAGCGGUAUCAUGUUGGCCUCCCGGAUGUAGGUAUGCGCAGGCAAGUGCUGCUGCAGGCACUGUUGCCCCAGGGCUGCAGCCUGAGUGAAAGGGAGCUGAGUGCUGUGCUCCAGCGCACCGAGGGCUUCUCAGUGCUGGAGCUGUUGCAGCUCAGCCAGCAGGCGCUCUCCUCAGCAGCCUCCCCCACUGGGACCAUGCAUGGGCUCCCGACAUCCUCCAAACCCCCAGCCUUCACGGACUUUGAGAAUGCCUUCCGCAAGGUGCGCCCACACACCACCACAAAAGAACUGGACACUUGUAUAGAGUGGAGCAAGAUGUAUAGCCACUGAGAAAGCAGCCAGUCACUGUACUUGGACUGCACUACGGACCUGUCUUAGUGUUGACAUGGCAAGCCUUGGGAAUGUUUUGUUGUUGUUUUGUAAUAACAGAUUAUGAAGCCAAAAGAGCCAGAGAAGUUCAAUGAUACUGGAGAGCUGACAAAGUUGUUUAACUGGCAGAAGCAUGCCAUGGUGUACUGUUUUUGUUUUGCUAUGAAUAUCUGCAAUAUUUUAUUUUUCCCAAAGAGAAGAAAGAUGAAUAGGCCUUGCUGUGGUGUAGUGUUUUAGUCAUAGGCCAAUGGGAGAAUCAGAUAGCUAUUUGGAUACUUUCAGAGAUCCUGAUUAGCCUUGGACCAGGACAAAAUCAAUUAUUUGUUGCUAGGUGAUGUGGUCCAUGAUUAUCGAUAAUCAGGGUUUGGAAAAUACCCCCUUUGACUGCUACUCUCAGGAUUGUAUUUAUUGUCCAGUCCACGUUAACCUAAUGUUGUCAUUGGAUUAUUGCUAAUCAUUCAGUACGAAGGGCUCGGAUCAGCAACAUUAGAGCAAACCUCAGUUUUUGACCAAAAACAUGUCAAACCAAAAGCCAAAUCAGCAGUGUUGUUAUAUUAUAUAAACUGACCUGUCUUCAAAAUCACAUUAUAUCGAUAUUCUCGAUAACCUAUGAAUAAAUCUUGAUGCAACAGUCUGGGGAAAAAAAUUAUUGCAAAUGUAUUCACAUUUAUUAAACUUGACCAUGUGGCUGUCACUUUCCAGGUGAUCAGUUGUUGAAACCUUGCAGUUACACUCAACACAUUUGGUUGUAGAAAUACUUAACGUGCAUACCUAUAUUUACGUAUAUGCUCACACUUGAAAUGGUACAAUUCACAGACAACUUACUUUAUGAUUUUUGUACUGUUGCUGUGGGAUUCCAUAUGAUUUCUCAUCGACCUCACAUUCCUCAUCAAGGGCAGUUUUUCUGAGAAUCACACUUACAGAGCAACACUUAACCCACCUGGGCGCCCAGCUUCUCCCUCAGCGUGUCUGUUUUCUAUUUCAUUAACUCCUUUUGUUUUCUUAGUAUGUAGUCUUGUUUGAAAUGCUCAGGAAGAAUUUCUUUACCUCAGAAAUAUGAAAUAAAGAAUGUAUGUAAUCUUAGGGUCUUAGUAGGGAGUGUCGCAGAGCGAGAUAGAGGAGCGAGGAGAAACCCGACAGUCUCGUAAUACCCACUGCAGCUGGACUUUUACCUCGGGGGAGAAACUUGAAUAUGCUACAAAGAGUAACAUUGAAUGUAAUUCAGGUAUUUCAAAGGAUAUUUGAUGCCAUAAAAUCCAUGUAUUAUUAUAUAUGAAUAUAUAAAUGCAUUUUCUUUUCUGUUCUUUUAUCGUUAAUUUUUAUUGUAGUUUAUGGUGGAGUGAUGUUUGUCUUCAAGAAUGCUAUGUAGAAUACAGAAAAUAUUCCUUUUUUUGUUGGACUAACUGCUCGCAGGUCUCUGCGUAAUUCAGUCUUUCCGUAUCCUGUAUAUGCAUGUCUGCUGUCUAUAGUUUUACACAGCUCAUUUGUAAAUGUAAAUAUAACACGCACAAUCAUACAAGUGCACUCACAGUGAACACCUGAGCACAAAACACCUUCCAAAAAGACAACAAACAAAAAACACAGAGGCAAAAAAAAAGUCUUUAUGUGUAGCUUUCAGCAAAUUCCAAAGUUAAUGUGUACAUAUUGUGGAUGAACCCAACAUGUAGACAAUCCAGACGAAUCUCUCCUUUUCCAGCAGUCCUCCACUUCUGUCCUAACAAGCUGGAAAAACCUGGUCAGUGGACUGCAGGUACAGAGGUCGUCCGUGUUAGACUGUUGCCAUGGUCCUGAGGACAUAUACACAGGAUGAUGUAAUAUUUCCUACCGCCCUUUCCUCCCUCUGCCUCUUCCUCCCUCCCUCAUCAUUCUUUUUCUCUUUUUCUCUCUCCCCUGUGCAGUCUCAUUAGAUUGGAUUGCCCCCUGGCCACGAGCCCCGGUGGCCAUGUGGCGUUGUAUCCUCUCCCUGCCCCCCAACCCCAUUCCCCUUCCCUUAUAGCGAUUCCUCUGGAGUGGAAGUGGUCUGAUUGAUGUCCAGCAACCUUAUAUCAGAGUGCAGCCUUCCCUCUCCAGCUGGUGGCUUCAGUCAUGCCAUACAGGCAGAUCAAUCAGAGUGACCCCCGCUGUGCAUACUGAUCACUGUCUCAGAAACUGAAAAACACAUUUACAAGUUACAGAGCAUCCCCUGCGUCGAUUGGCAACGUCUAGGUAAUGCGAGCAAUUAUUCACAUGUAAUUACAGAAAUGAAAUAAUAACUUAGAGGUACAAAUAGUUUUGUUUCCCCUACUCCCGACAGUUUGUCCAACAAAACAAGCGUUUAUUUUUUUACAUGUUUUGAUCUGUUAUCACAGUAACUUUGUUCUUGGUUAUUGUACAUUUUCUGUAACCAUUUCUACCUCAUUUUUGCGGCAUAUUGUACAUGAAAGUAUUUAUUUCAUGUCUUUGUUGAUGUCUGUUUUAAAAAUGAUAAUAAUGUUCUUGAACUGUAAUGGUCUACCUCAGAAAAGACUGUAUUUUAAGAGAAGAGUAACACACAAUAUUAAACAGAAUUUGUCAAUAUUG